CGAACAUUCCCGAAAGCUUUGGGGACUCAUCCCAGGGAUAUCCGGAGGAAAAUCAUCGUCGAGCUGGAACAGCUGACAAGGUCGACUUCUUGGGAAAAUCAUUUGCGGCGGAUCGCGGCGCAGACUCGCGACUCGCGAGUGUGACCCCGAUGCCGUCGCCAUGUUCUCUCCCUCAUCACACGGAGCGGCGCAGACUCGUCCUCCGCUCGAAUAACACAAGUUAUAUAAUCGGGACGGACCGCGAGCUUUUCCCCGUGAAAAAUCGGGCCCAAGUCGGGGACACGCGACGAAGAGCAGGAGAACGCGUUGCGCGAAGGAUCACGAAGGAUUACAGAGGAAAAAUUCGACGAUUAUCUCGGUGGGAGCAGUCGACGGAAGAGCGAGAAGUGUGCUCGCGAGGGACCGGUGUGUGGCUCGAUACGACGAGUCGGAGCAUAGGGGCUAGGACGGGCGAGAGGAGCCGGAGAAGAUGAAACUGGACGAUACUCACUGUUGACGGAGAGUACUCCGGCGAUCUUAGCGGACUCCUGCUGGAGGAGGGUGGGUUUGACGGCCCUGAGGGCCCCAGCGGCUGCCUUCGACACGGCGCUCAACAUCAUGGCCGAGCAAGUGAGAACGGACAACCGGAACAACCCGCCGUGGACGUGUGAUUCUGCCACCGCGGCGCGGCAUGCGCCUCGCGAGUCUCGCGACGUUAUAUAUUUGUCCAUUGGGGCGCAUGCUCGUCGAGUAGCAGAAGACGGGACGAGCUUAGCCGAGGCGCCAUUUUUAAAUGCUUGAUACUAGGCACGUCUGAUUAGGGCUGAAUCGUCUGCUCGGAAGAGGAUUUUCUUUAGUUUUAUUAACGAUUUAAUAAUUCUGGAUCGAAUGGCUUUGCUUCCCUCGGUGUAAUUUUUACCGCUUUGCAUUGAUGCAUUGCUGUGUACUUAUGUAAAAUUAUUUAUGAAAAACACAUUUUUUUAAAGGUAGUUUAUUUUAUAUAAUCCAUACAAGACGGGAAAAUCAUAAAGAUUAGAGUCGCGACAUGGUUUUUUUAAAAAAGGACGAUAAGUAUCACGCAUAACACAGAUAACAUUUUUUUUUUUUAAUUUUACCGAUUAGAUAAAAUGGAACAAAGAGAAUUAUAUACUCUUACGGAAAAUCGUCUAGUCUAUUGCUAUAUGAAUGAUAGAAGAUCAGUAUUCAACUAUGUUUGGUAGAUUGAAUUUGAAAGUUUUUUUGAUAAUUUUAAUAUUCUUUCCAAAGUAUCUCGUUUCGAGCUCUGGCGACGUUACAAAAGCCUGCGAUCCAGCAGGACUGAACGAGCCGUGUAAUAAAAACUGUGACAAAUGCUUGCCCGGUUUAAUUUGCAACGAAGCGAAAAUUUGUGCGAUCGCUUAUGGGACUUGCGAAUCGCACCAGUGGUUAAACAACAUCUGGAAGCCGAGUUGCGAGAAAGACGGUACUUACUCCGCAGUACAAUGUAAAGGAGAGUAUUCCAACGGCAGAUGUUUCUGCUUUAGUCCAGAUGGUCAUAGAAUUUUUGGUUGGUCAUGGUGGAAUUCUGCAAAAAAUAUGACUUGUGCUUGUAGUCGUCGUCAAUACGAGAUAAAAAAACAAACUUUAAAAAGAGAAGAUGUCUCGCUGCAUUGUACACAGAACGGAAAUUAUGAGGAACUACAGUGUGAUAAUGGUUUAUGCUGGUGUGUUGAGCCUUUAACUGGCCGACCUACCCAACGAGCUUAUCCUGAAUCAUUAAUGACCUAUCUUCCUUGCUAUAAUCAAAAGUUAUCUGAGUUUCAAUAUCUUCGACAAUGUGAAAGUAAAUUAAUUGCCAUAGCUAAGAUUGUUCAAAAAGUAAAACACCAUGGACAUAACUAUUAUCAUCCGGAUAACGUUCUUUGUGACGACGACGGCAGUUAUGGCCCUGUACAAGUUGAUCGCGCUGGAAUUAAAUGUACAUGGAAAGAUGGGAAAAAGAUCUUCACUUACCUAACGGAAAAUGUCGGCAACAUAGCAGACAUUAAUUGCAAUUGUGCACGCGAUUCAGUCAUAUAUUCAAAUGAAAAUCUCGAGUUUAGAUUACAAUGUAAUCCUGAUGGCAAUUACAAACCUCAGCAAAGUAUUAAUGGACGUUCUUUUUGCGUGGAUAAAGAUGGUUUUGCUACGAGUGACAAAUUGGGAAAUAUUGGAGAAAAUUUGAAAUGCACUUGAUAUGUCAAAUGGAAAAUAACAGUUAGACGUGUAUAGAGCAUUAUCUUUAUAUAUUUAAAAAGCUUACGAAUGACGGUUAAAGGACGUUUUAGAUCAUUGGAAGCGUCCGCUAUUCGUUUUAAGUACUGUUCCUUGCCUUACAUUCUUUAAUGGUUACGUUAUUGUAACUAAGUAAUAAUAUAUCUGGUCUAUUAUACGUUUGAUUCAGAGCGCAGAAGUGGUUAUAAUAACAAGUUUUUCUGGAAAUCUGCGAUCAUCGAAACCCUGAUAUCCCUUUUCUGUAACUUUAAAACGUAACAGAAACUUUGUAAUGUUGUAAUAGAUAAACAAAUUUUUGAAUUUGCUACAGAGUAGAGCGUCAGUUGUCAUAUUGUCGAUGUUUAUGAUAAAUAUAUGUAUAUAUAAUAUGUGUAUACACUAUGUUUUUCAGUAAUUAUUUAAUUUAUAGAACAAUAAUGGGACCAGCCACAUCAGUUGAUUGUAAAUACGAUAGAAUAAUAACUGUCAAUUUUAUAAAAAGCAGCAACAAAUUAAAAAUUCAUUUGAUCACUAACAAUUUCUAGAUCUUUAUAUUGCGAUUAUUGAAACGCUUAAAUUGUGUAAAGAAGCAUAAUCACUUAAUAAAUUUGAUAAUUAACGAUA